AACGAUAUUAAAAUGGGUGAUGUUAAGAAGGGCAAGAAGAUUUUUGUUCAGAAGUGUGCCCAGUGCCACACUGUAGAAAAGGGAGGCAAGCACAAGACUGGUCCAAACCUCUAUGGUCUCUUUGGGUGGAAGACAGGUCAGGCUCCUGGAUUCUCUUACACAGAUGCCAACAAGAACAAAGGCAUCACCUGGGGAGAGGAGACACUGAUGGAGUACCUGGAGAAUCCCAAGAAGUACGUACCUGGAACGAAGAUGAUCUUCGCUGGCAUUAAGAAGAAGGGAGAAAGGGAAGACUUGACAGCUUAUCUCAAAAAAGCUACUAAUGAGUAA